AACCAGUGGGGAGGGAUCGGAGUGCGCUUGAUAUACACGCGCUGGAAAGGCGGGAUCAUUUAUUCUCAAAACCGCUCCAUUUUCGUUUCUCACUCGAUUAAAGACAUUUAAGUGCUGGAAAAGGGAAGGGAGAAAUGGCAGUGACUAUAUAACGAGCCACUAGAAAAGAUUCACUCCCGAUCGCACGGUUAGGGUUUUGCAAUCCUCGAAACUCCGCUGAGUCAAUGGACGAGUCGUCGUUGCAGCUCGUUUCAGAAAUCGGUAUUCAACUCGGUCGACUCGCUCGCCCAAACAAAGACUUCCUUGUCAAAUCUCUUCGACAAGCUGCGAAUGCAUUAGCUCAAAUUGAGCCGCCGUCGCCACCUGAAGCUUCUAGAAAGAAAGAAGCAGUGAAUAAACUAGCAUCUGGUAUAAAGCCCCUUGGCAAAUCUUUUGUCAAGCAUGGCCUUCUCCGCAAUAGCGACAAAGAUGUUAAACUUCUGGUGGCCAUUUGCAUCAGUGAAAUUUUCAGGAUCCUUGCACCUGAACCACCUUUCGAGGACAAAUAUCUUAGGGAUGUUUUUAAACUUAUUCUCAGCAUGUUUGCGGAGCUUGCUGAUACAACAAGCCCGUACUUUUCGAGGAGGGUUAAAAUAUUGGAAACUGUUGCAAGAUGUAAAUGCUUUGUGAUUUUGUUGGAUAUUGACUGCAAUGAUCUAGUUCUUGAAAUGUUCAACAUCUUUUUCUCUAUUGUGAGGGAAAACCAUCAGAGGAGUUUGAUUAAUGAUGUUUUGUCUAUAAUGACACAUAUUUUGAAUGAGGAGGCUUCUCUGCCACUUUCAGAUGUGAUUCUACGUAAUCUUGUAAAGGAAGGAACGGCUGCAUCAGCCGCUGCUUCUCAGCUUGCUGCUUCUGUCAUUCAAAGUUGUGCAGAAAAGCUUGAGCCCUUUAUCUGUGGAUUCUUAACUUCUUGUUCCUUGGAUAGAGAUGCUAUUGACAGUGAGCUGAAAGAAUUUUACCACGAAAUAUUGUUUAAAGUUUUCCAGUGUGCUCCUCAGAUGCUUCUGGCUGUCAUCCCUAACUUGACCCAAGAGUUACUGACUGAUCAGGUUGAUGUCCGAAUAAAAGCUGUUAAUUUAAUUGGAAGGCUCUUUGCACUACCUGAACAUCAUGUUGCAGAGAAGUAUCACAAUCUUUUCAUAGAGUUCAAAAAUAGAUUCUCUGAUAAAUCUGUUGAAGUUAGACUCAGUGCUCUACGAUGUGCUAAAGCUUGCUAUAUGGCCAAUCCAUCUGGGAAAGAAUCAUCUGAACUUCUGUCUGCUGUCGAAGGUCGUUUGCUGGAUUUUGAUGACAGAGUGCGAAUACUGGCAGUCGUUGUUGUCUGUGAUCUUGCCAGGUUUAAUUUAAAAUAUUUUUCAGCGGAACUAUUAUCAAAAGCUGUUGAAAGACUUCGGGAUAAGAAGAUAUCUGUUAGGAAAAAGGCUUUGCAGAAAUUGAUGGAGGUAUAUCAAGAAUAUUGUAACAAAUGCUCUGAAAGCUACUUGACUAUAGGCGGCCACUUUGAACAGAUUCCUUGUAAAAUCCUAAUGCUUUGCUAUGAUAAAGAUUGUAAAGAGUUUAGGUCCCAAAACAUGGAGCCUAUUCUUGCUGAGGAUUUGUUUCCAGCUCGUCUUUCUGUUGAGGAUAGGACUAGGCAUUGGAUUCAUUUCUUCUCUCUUUUCACUCCUCUUCAUGUAAAGGCGCUGAACUCGAUCUUAUCUCAGAAACGAAGGCUGCAAAAUGAAAUGCAAAGUUAUUUGGCCUUACGGAAGAAAGAGAAGGAAAGUGGCUCAGAAGAAAUGCAGAAGAGAAUUAAAAAUUCUUUUAUGAAAAUGUCAGCAUCCUUUCCAGAUCCUUCCAAAGCUGAAGAGUGCUUUCACAAAUUGAACCAGAUGAAAGAUAAUAACAUUUUCAACUCAUUGGAACUACUGCUGGUUGAGCGGACAAUUAUAAAUGCGCAGACGACAAGAGAUAAAUUUCUGAAAAUGAUAGGAGAUAAACAUCCACAUUUUGAAUUCCUACAACUACUUUCAUCAAAAUGCUCAUUCAAUAUAUUCAGCUCAGAGCAUGUACGUUGUAUUUUGGAUCAUCUUUCCAGUGAUGCAGUUGGAAAUGGACGUUUAGAGGCUUCUUCUGCUAAUUUGCUUCUGACUAUCAUCAAUGUCUUCCCAUCACUAUUGAGAGGUUUUGAGGAGCAGUUUCGCCUGUUGUUACAGGAGAAGAAUAUGAUUAAUGAUGUGCUUAUUGAAGCCUUAGCAAAGGCAGGUCCUUAUAUAUCAGUCAAAUUCAGCGAUUUUUAUCCUUUGCUGGAGAGUGCGUGUCUCGAGGGAACUCGGAUUCAGUCCAAACAAGCUGUUUCUGCCAUUGCUUCAUUGAUUGGUUCCUCUGAGCAGUUGAUUUUCUCAAAACUAUGCAAGGAACUUGUAGAUUCUCUACAUCGAGGCUGGAACACUCCUACCAUUUUACAAUCAUUGGGCUGUAUUGCACAACAUUCUGUUGCAGCGUUUGAAUCAAAAUAUAGGGAGAUCAGAUCAUAUAUUUUUCAAAGAAUUUUUCAAGUGGAACAAUCUGACGAUCUUACAAUUUUUUAUGAGAGUUCUGAGUGUUGCCAUUCUUGCAAACUGAAGAUUUAUGGGGUGAAAACACUUGUCAAGAGUUUCUUGCCACAUCAAGGAUCUCAUGUCAAUCGCCAAAUUGAUGAAUUGCUGGAUAUUUUGCUGAAGUUGCUACAAACGGGUGAUGCUAUUGAUGGAAUCAUCACAUGUGUAAAUGACAAACCUCAUGUGAGAUUAGCAGCUGCAAAAUCUGUUCUUCGUCUUUCCAGAAGAUGGGAUUUACAUAUAUCUCCUGAAAUUUUUCGCUCAACAAUUUUGGUAGCAAAGGACUUAUCUUCUUUGGUUAGAAGAUCAUUCCUUAACAAAACACACAAGCUGCUAAAGGAGCAUGCUAUACCUAAUAGAUAUGCGUGUGCUUUCGUAUUGGCUGCAUCUGAUUUCUGUGAGGAUCUGCAGGAUGCUCCAUUUAAAUACAUGGAAGAAUUUGUCAAGGAAUAUAAUAUAGUAGCUCGAAAUCGACAAAACUCUGCUGUUCAAGAAGGGACGGUUACAGACUAUCCUGCAUAUAUAGUUGUAUUCUUGAUUCAUACUCUUGCUCAUAGCACUGGCUUUCCACCUGAGGACUCUCGGGACGAACAAGAGUAUGCUCAUUUUUGUAGGCCACUGUUUUUGGUUGUACAGGCAUUGUUAAGUGCUAAUAUUGCUAAUGGUGAUGCGGAUCUUGUUAAUGAUGCUGUCAUGUAUUUGCUAAGUAUUUUCCGUGCUAUUAAAAGAGCUGAAGAUGCUCUUGAUGCUACCAAAACUCCUAAACUGCAAAUCUUGGCAGAGAUCGGGAUCUCCAUUGUAAAUGCAUUAAAUCUUAAUGGCAUUACAUUAUCACGUGCUCCUGGGAUGAUUUUCCUGCCUUCAUCAUUUUAUAGAAUAAGUUCAGUUAAGAAGUGUGAUGAGGCUAGUUUAAAAUGUCUCAAUCAGUUUUCUGUUGAUGAAAGUUUUGUCAAGAGAAUUGUUCAUAGCCUUAAGUCUCAAAUCUCUAUGCCAGCUAGUAGCCUUCCAAAACGUGGUAGAAAGUGUCAAGCGGAUGGAAUACAGUCAGCUAAGUAUAACACACUGAACAUGGCACCACUUGAUCAUGCUAAUUUAUUAAGAACUGAGACAAUAGAUAUGCAAAAACUUGUGAGUCCUGAUAUCAGUUUAAGGCAUAGGAAAAAGAGUGCUGCUUCUGAAUCAGUGGGAUUACACAAUGAGGUUUCCAGAACUAAUGCAUCUAAAAGCUCUAAAUCUAUGAAGAAAGACGUUUCUUCAUCUUGUGAUUCCGCAACCACUAGACCUUCUGCAAAUGAAUCACAAACUUUGAUAUGGACUGUUGAUGGAACUAUUCCUUAUUUGAAAGAAAGUGGUAGGGCAAGUAGCAGACUUACUGCUGAAUCUUCGAAGCGUACUACAUCCAAACCUAAUGAACCUUGCUGUUCAAGGACAUUUAGUACUGAGAAUGAGGCAUUAAUCGGAAAGAGAGUCAAAUUAUUAUCUCCUGUUGAUAGAUGUUUCUACUCAGGCACAGUGGUUGGUUUCAAUCCUGGCAACAAUACUCACAAGAUCUCGUACGAUAGUGGUGAAGUUGAAUUACUAUGCUUAGAUAGUGAAAGCUGGGAGACUGUUAGUGAUUCACCUACAGAGAAGGAGACGACAUUUGCAGAUCAACAUAAAAAAUCUCAUUCAAGUGAAUGGAAUUUGAAAGAAACUGUUAAUACAUUUGGAGAUGGUGCCACCACACAGUCAAACCACUUAGCAAACAAGGAAAAUGAGAAGGUUUCUAAUGGAAUGACUUCUUUUCCUGCAAAGGGAAGGAAGGGACAAAAAUUGUCCUCAGACACCCCAGCAUCAGUAGUCACCAAUAAUGAAGAUGCUUUUGUCAGAAGGACUCGGCGGCGGAAAGUGUGAACAGCGUCCACUGCUGUGCCAUCCAUCCACUCACAUUUCUGAUGGUCAGGGAAGGACCAGGCUGAGCGAGCUUAAACCUACAUUGGUUUGGGUGCAUUACUUUAUGUUUACUCCGGGUCAAUUACUUUUAUAUAUACCAAGAUAUUCACUCUGUAAAUCAUGUCAUUCUACGAAUGACUGUAUAUUAUGUGUAUAUUACCCUGCAGAAUCCAGAUUAGAAAACAAUAGAGUGCAUAAUUUAACCCUUUUAUUUUACAACCGGACCUAAGCGCUGGCUUGCUAUAAGUUGGUCUAUACUGUAUGGCUUGUGAUGAUCAACAUUGGAAUUUGAAUCAUAAGAUUGAUGAGUCUUUGAAUAAUACAGUCGCAUAAAGUAUACCAUA